AUGGUGGACCGGGGUCCUCUGCUCACCUCGGCCAUCAUCUUCUACCUGGCUAUCGGGGCGGCGAUCUUCGAAGUGCUGGAGGAGCCGCACUGGAAGGAGGCCAAGAAAAGCUACUACGCGCAGAAGGUGCAUCUGCUCAAGGAGUUCCCGUGCCUGGGCCAGGAGGGCCUGGACAAGAUCCUGCAGGUAGUAUCUGAUGCUGCAGGACAGGGUGUGGCCAUCACAGGGAACCAGACCUUCAACAACUGGAACUGGCCCAAUGCAGUGAUUUUUGCAGCCACAGUCAUCACCACCAUUGGCUAUGGCAAUGUGGCUCCCAAGACCCCCGCUGGUCGCCUCUUCUGUGUCUUCUAUGGUCUCUCCGGGGUGCCGCUCUGCCUGACAUGGAUCAGUGCCCUGGGCAAGUUCUUCGGGGGACGUGCCAAGAGUUUGGGAAGGUUCCUCACCAAGAGAGGCGUGAGCCUGCGGAAGGCACAGAUCACGUGCACGGCCAUCUUCAUCCUGUGGGGCGUCCUGGUCCACCUGGUGAUCCCACCCUUCGUGUUCAUGGUGACUGAGGAGUGGAACUACAUCGAGGGCCUCUACUACUCCUUCAUCACCAUCUCCACCAUCGGCUUCGGCGACUUUGUGGCCGGUGUGAACCCCAGCGCCAACUACCACGCCCUGUACCGCUACUUCGUGGAGCUCUGGAUCUACCUGGGGCUGGCCUGGCUGUCCCUCUUUGUCAACUGGAAGGUGAGCAUGUUUGUGGAGGUCCACAAAGCCAUCAAGAAGCGGCGGCGGCGGCGGAAGGAGUCCUUCGAGAGCUCCCCACACUCCAGAAGGGCCCUGCAGGUGGCGGGGAAUGCGUCCUCCAAGGACAUCAACAUCUUUAGCUUCCUGUCCAAAAAGGAGGAGACCUACAACGACCUCAUCAAGCAGAUUGGGAAGAAGGCGAUGAAGACGAGCGGGGAAGGGGAGCGGGUCCCAGGACCGGGGCUGAGGCCUCAAGGGAAUGGGCUGCCAGCCCUGCCCACUGCCCUGGCGCCCUUAGGGGUCUACUCCAAGAACCGGGUGCCCAGCAUGGAGGAGGUGUCACAGACACUAAGGAGCAAAGGCCAUGUGUUGAGGCCCCCUGGCGAGGAGGCCAGGGUGGGGCCCCCUGAGGACGAUUCCCCCGGCUCCGAGGUGCUCGUGAACCAGCUAGACCGCAUCAGUGAGGAAGGUGAGCCGUGGGACGCCCAGGACUACCACCCGCUCAUCUCCCAGAAUGACAGCAUCGCCUUUGUGAACAAGGAAGGUGGCCUCUCGGACGAGGAGACCUCCAAGUCCUCGCUGGAGGACAACCUGGUGGGGGAGGAGAGGCCCCAGGAGGGGGCCGAGGCCGAGGCACCCCUGAGCAUGGGCGAGUUCCCCUCCUCGGACGAGUCCACCUUCACCAGCACCGAGUCUGAGCUCUCUGUGCCUUAUGAGCAGCUGAUGAACGAGUACAGUAAAGCCAACAGCCCCAAAGGCACAUGA